CACGAUCGCGUCGCUCCGUAUACGAUGCAUCUUUUAACCGAAUUCCGCGUACAGACGAAUAUCGGGAAUCUCGAGUCAAAUACGGGCGAUCGUUUCGAUGCGUUAUUCGGUUCGCGCGAGGCCGAUUAAACGUGAUAUCUCCCAAUGCUCGUAACCGACUUCCACCGUGUCGCGUCGGGAACAUGGAGUCGGAUGAGUGAAACGACGUGCAUGCAUUUCUUCCCAUCGAAAGAAAGAAAUCGCUCGACAUUCGGCAUCUACGUUGUGUUCGCGUACUUUGGCAGUCUUACAUCUUUGACCUUCACUAACAUGGAAUGGUGCAAGGAACCAAAUUUGUUCCUAUCACGGGCAAGAUUCUGUAAAAGACCGUUAGGCUUGUGCCCACAAAAUGGCGCCUGAAACGAACAUGCCUAAGAACGUUAACAGGUAUCGACAUUAUCGACGCUUCAUAACGGUGUUUAGUCAUCAAUGGCUCUUACCAACGCUCGUAUGAGAAGAACACAAACAAUAAUAAUAAUGGCGUCUAUUCCGUGCGAGAUAAAUAUUUGAUCUAGACAAAGCACAAAUUGCGUCCUGCCAGGCAUGGAAUUUGUCCCCACGAGACGAAAUAGGAAGUGUAAGAAAAAGCGACAUUGGCGAAAACGACUACGCGAUCAGAUUCGAGUCGAGGUUGAGGUUAGAUCCUCGAAACAUCGGAAGAUUACUCCCGGGCAUGCCAAUACAUUUGUUGUGCGGGGACCAUCAACAAGUACGAUGCAAGCCGACGCUUUUUGGAAAAAUUAUACCGCGGCUCAGGAUUGGCAAACAAAGCACAAUGUAACUUGGUGGAGGUCACGUUGCAUGGCUCUUGAACAUGAAAAUGAGAUAUUGCGCAAUAAAAUCAGGUCAUUACUUAACCAAUCCGACUGUCCCGAUAUUAUGUUAGCUAAAGCUAACUAUCAUGAAGAAAAUACCAAUGAAGAGCAGGAAGAAGCAGCAUACAAUGAAGAAGCUGAAGAGCUGGAAUUUACCGUGACUGAAGAGAUGCUGAGGUUUUUUGAGAAAAGCGAGAGACAUAGGAGAGAAAUGAAGCAAAAACAUAAAUCCGAUAAGGCCAAGUGUAAGAAAGAAAGCGUAGAAGGUAAUCUUAUUACUGAUGGUGCUGCGAGUGCUCGUGCAAGGAAAGAAGAGGCAAAUGAAUUGUACGGUGAUGCGAGUUCCAAGAUACUGGCGAUGGAGACUGCUCUACAGGCUACGUUGGACAAUUAUAAAGAUAAAGUAAAACCUCAAUUUUGGCCCAAUAUCCCACUUAAACCUUAAAAUAGUUAAUUUAAUCUGGUUUUGUCUCGUUGAUAAAUUCUCGAUAUACUCGAACAUAUUUCAUAAAUAUAUACACGCCAUUUUGUUAUGUAAAUUAUAAAAUAACAUUAAUGAUAUAUUGACAAAACGUUAAGUUAGAUCCUGGUACGUCCUAACUCAUCCUAGCUCAUCUUGUUGCAUCCUAUCGUUGGUCCAGCAUUCCUCUGUUGGUGCAAGUGGAUGACCGAGUGAUGGCGUUACUUUGGUGUUUGCGCAUCUCUAUCAUACGCACAUGUGAAUACAGAAAUAUGUUCCUGUGCGCGUGUAUGUAACGAAGAUAUACAGUUAUAAAUAAAAUACCAUUAUUUCCUCUUGAA